CAUGUGCGUCACCAUCGAGGGUGCGCUGCGCUUCAACAGUGUCAACCCGUCGUCAGACCUGUCCGUCACUGCGGCGGGCACGGCGAACCGCAUCGCCCUCUUCAUCGGCGGCCUGGCCGAGGUCUUCUUCGGCCUCAUGGGCCUCUACCUCGCCGUGUACGCCCUGCUCUUCCGCCGCUACUCCCCGUCAGUCACCCGCGCCGCCCUCGUCAUCCAGGCCGUCCUCGGCACCUACGUCUUCCUCACCUUCGUCGUCGUCGAACCGUCGUACACCGCGGACAACAUCCCCGUGACCGGCUUCCAGCCGACCGAUGGCGUCAUCUUGUCGAGAGGCAUCACCCGCUGGCUCAUCACCCUCGGCAUCUUCACUUCGGCACACUUCUGCCUCGCCCUGCAGGGCGGCCAGUUCCUCUUCAUGGCCCGCCUCAUCGCCGCCGCAGAAGGCGACGACUUCCUCAAGAUGCGCUCCGGUUCGCACUUCCGCGCCAUCUUCUGGAACGCAAACUUCUCGAUGGCCGGCUUCUGGACCUUUGUCUUCGCCUGCACCUACGCCAGCAAGACCGUCGACAAGACCCCCUUCGCAUUCCCGCCGCACGUCGGCAACAACGCCGGCUUUGCAAUCUUCGUCGGCCUGCUCAUGUUCCUGUGGGGCGCCCUCGGCGUCAUGCUGUCGCUGUCGCCCACCUCAGACUUGCGCUGGUACUACGCCGGCUGUGCACUCGUCUUCCUGUUCACUUACCUCAACUUCACCAUCGUCCAACUCGGCUUGUUGGAGGGCGCCGGCGCCCAGGCCAUCGGCAUGCACACCGGCCUCGUCUUCUUCGUCUCGCUGCUCGGGCCCUACUUUCUGCACCAGUCCACCAAGAAGGGGGAGGAGUGAACCAUCGACAUAGAGCGCCCGGGAAAUUUUUCGCUCCCACACCUUUCGUCUGGUCCCACCCCGCCGUGAAAGCUCCGCCGUCUCUGAUUUACAUAUCACAUAUCACAAGCAUAUCUCGCCCGCCGUGCAUCAUCAUUAAAAAAAGCAAAAAAAAGCGCCCCGCGUUCCGCCCGCACCACCUCGCCCACGAUAAUCAGCGUUGGGCUCUGCAGCCCCGCCUCCCUCACGCGCCUCUCCAGCUCCCCGACCUCCGCUACCACCACGCGCUCCUCCGGCGUCGUCCCCCGCUCCACGGCCACGCUCGGCGUGCGCAUACUCAACCCGCCCUCCUCCAACCCGCUCACCACCUCCGCCAGCCUCCCCAGCCCCAUGUAAACAACCAGCGUGGUAUCCGCGUCCACCGCCCCGACCUUGACCUCCGCCCCGCCCUCCCGCGCGUGCCCGGUGACGAAGCGCACCGAGCUAGCGACGCCGCGCUUCGUCAGCGGCACGCCGAGCGCGGCCGCGAUGCCUGCCGCGGCUGUGAUGCCGGGCACGGCGUGCACCUCGACGCCCUGCCUCUCCAAAAAGUCGACCUCCUCCCCGCCGCGCCCGAACACGAACGGGUCCCCGCCCUUGAGCCGCACGACCGUCUUCCCCUCCGCCGCGAACGCGCGCAGCAGCACGUGGAUCUCCUCCUGCGUGCGCGUGUGGAAGCCCGCCUCCUUGCCCACGUACACCAUCGUCGCCCCCGCGUUGACGUACGACAGGAUCGCCGGCGACACCAGCCGGUCGUACAGAACCACGUCCGCGCGCGACAUCAGCGACACCGCACGCAGCGUCAGCAGACCAGGGUCCCCGGGCCCCGUGCCGACUAG